GUGUAAGCAUAUCUGCACUCAACCUGAUCCCUUGCUCCGCCCGGUGCAUGUUGUUUUAUUUCACCCGGAAAAAAUGUCGGAUGAAGUAGCGAAAGCGCAGGCAGCUGACGCCUCAGCAAACGAUACCAUUUUUGGGAAGAUUCUACGCAAAGAAAUUCCCUGCACGUUCAUCUACGAGGAUGAUAAGUGUGUUGCAUUUAACGACGUCGCUCCGCAAGCACCGGUACACUUCCUCGUGAUCCCGCGCAAGACCAUUCCGCAGCUAUCGAAAGCGACGGAAGAGGACGAAGCGCUGCUCGGACAUUUGAUGCUGGUCGGCAAGAAGGUGGCCGCCGAGCAAGGCAUGGAGGAAGGGUUCCGUGUCGUCAUCAACGACGGCAAGAACGGUGCCCAGUCGGUUUACCAUCUGCAUCUGCACUUCCUCGGCGGACGGCAGAUGAAGUGGCCGCCGGGCUAAUGCGAUGUGUUGCUGUACGUACGCUGAGAUAAGAGUGUUUGUUUCUUAGCAAAUAUCGAAUAAAAUAGCAACGGAACGGAA